AUGGCUACGAAUUUACCCAGUUUCGACCCCUACCAGGUGCUAGGGGUGGAUAAGCAGUCGUCUGCAGCCGAAGUAAAACUCGCCUAUCGAAAACUGAUCCUCAAAUGCCAUCCAGACAAGAUCCAGGACGAUGCUCUCCGCGCCAAGGCCAGCGACGAAUUCCAGAAAGUCCAGGAGUCCUACGAGAUUCUCACCGAUGAAACGCGCCGUAGAUUGCAUGACCAGGCCGUCCGCCUGGCCGCACUAAGAAAGGAAGUGAACUCCCAUAACGCGGCGAGGAGCGCUGCUUCUAGUCGGGAAUACCGCGAUGGACGCAUGUACGAAGAACGUGUUCCUGCUGAUGCUGCUUUUUUCACCGACAGCGAUGAGUUUCGCUACACCGAAGAGCCGCCAACCUACUCCAAGAAAUACAGUGAAUCGACCAAACGUGCCCAUACCAAGGUCACCGAAGAGAAGAAGAAGACCAAGUCGGUUCCGAUAUCGUCCCCGAGGACACCAAAACAAGCCGAUCGCGAAUAUGUGAAAACCAAAAAUCAGGAUCGCGCCAAGCAUCGUACCAAGGAACGUCGCCGCGACGCUUCUGACAAGUACGAGCGAACCAGCUACACGGGCGACGACUUUUCUGACCCUGAGGAAGAAAUAGUAUACAACUACACAGUUAAAGUCACCACUGAUUCUCGCGCUUCACCGCGUGAAUCAGCCCCUCGACGCAGCAAAACCGAUCCAUCUACGUCCCGCAGGCGUCGACGACGUCAUAUAGAUUCUGAGACUGAAAGCGAAGGCGAGGAUUAUGGAAGCGACAACUAUGCCUAUGCCCAGGAGUACAUUCAUCGCACCAAAGAGCCUGUUCCUGAGCUCGACCGACGCUACCGCCCUUCUCGCACUCACUCUUCGUACGAGGGCGCUCGCUAUGAACGGGAGUCUCCUCGAUACUCCAGUCGUGGCUAUUCUCGGGAUGAAGAUAUUCGGCAUCCUGCGUCCUCUCCGCAUCGUACAUCCCGGAGAUCUCAUGACCGUCUGUCCUCUCCAGCCCGGGGCUAUGAGCGGAGCACGACUACCACUAGCGCUUCGCCGCCAAAGGUCUCAUCUUCUAGAGCUCCUCCGCCAGUGUCUCGCUCCUCGACCGCUCCCCAUCCCCGACCACGUCGCGAGGGCUUGAUUCGCUCCGAAUCGAACGGCAUGUCGACGCUGACGAGCAUGGUGGCCGGGAUCGCCAUGGACGGCGUACUUCCUGGCAAAUCUCGGACCCGAAAGACGGAACGGAACGACUCUGGCUACUCCAGUGGACCCGGUACACCGGAGGUGUUACAGGGCUCCAACAGUGUCCCGAAGGUCAGUCGAUUCAAGAUCGUUGAGCCGUCUGAUAGAGAACCGGAAACGAUUAUUCGAGAACCCGCGGAAGCGCGCUAUCGCAGUACGUCUCCGUUGUCGAAGUCUGAGCGGGAACGCUCGAGUCGUACGAAAUCGUCGCGCUCUCACGUCUACGAUCCCGUUUAUGAACCGGAAAUUCGGAUGGCUCGACCUGCUGCUACUUCGAAAUCUUCGUACAGCCGUCCGCUCUACGGAGAGGUUCGAUAUUCGCCAGACGUUUCCCUCGACGGGCGCCGACCAUCCAGACGCCAGGCAGCGUAUUGA